UGAGCUUGACAGCUAAUGCUGCUUGUGGUGCUCUCAGAAAGGAAAAUGGCGGCUCUCGGACGCGUCUCUCAGAUGUUGCUCAGGGCUUCUCUGCUCCAGUCCCGGCGUCAGCUCUCUGCUGCUGCUGCUGGCGGACACGGCGAGCAAGCAGCCAAGACAUGGAAGAUCAUCUCGUUUGUGGUUGCCCUACCUAGUGUUGCAGUGUGCAUGUUGAACGUGUACCUGAAAGAGCAGCAGCAUACCCAUGAACAGCCAGAGUUUAUCCCUUACAGCCACCUUCGCAUUCGCAGCAAGCGUUUCCCUUGGGGAGAUGGCAACAAAUCCCUUUUCCACAACCCACACAUGAACGCUCUUCCUAACGGCUAUGAGGGCCACGAUGAGUAAACCCUUCCUCCAGAUCUCAGAACUGGCUCGGGGACCAUUCCCCUCAGCGUUUGUGACUGGACCACACUCUAUUUACAGUUUAUGCUUCAUUAUUGUUGUGUUUUACCUCUGUGCUCUCAACAUGGAGCACCUGAACCAACAGUUCCUAUACUCUGGACCAUGAAGUAACAUGUCAGACGGAUUCUGAAUUAACAUAAAUAAAGUAACUAUUACCUCCCA